AUGCUUGAUAGUCCCAGCUCAGCACAAGGCUUUCCACAUCUCCUUGACAUCAGUCAGCUGGAUGUCAGCUGUACUCAAAGCAGUUUUGCUAAGGGGUGUGAAGAAACAUUUAACUGUAAAACUUACUCCCUGAUCCUCAAGGAGCUUACGACAGCGCUGGAGAGAUUAGCCCUGCAGGUGAGGCUUUCAGUGAACGCGAAAUCCAGGCGUCCCCGACCCUGGACUCCCGCAGGGCAUGUAGGCGUGGCGCCCCCGGCAACUGGCCUAGCCCCUCGGGCCACGGCGCGUGCGCAGCUCGACGCUCGCUCUGGGCGCGCUGCCCGCGGGACGCUGGCCAAGGGCCGCAAGCGCGAGACCCAGCGCGCCAAGGCGGGAAAAGACCAGCGCAUGCGCGGCCCGGCGCUCCCGGCUCGCCGGGAUGGGGAAGGGGAGGUGGAGGCGCCGCGCUCGCCAUCCUCCCCGCUCCCUCCGCCCCCAGCGCGACAGUUGGGCCCUCGGUCCCCACGUGUUAGACGGGGACCUGAGGCACACGCAGUGCGCAGCGAGGCCUCGGGUCUGGCCGACGCAGCGCAGGAGGUCGUGGCGGACAAAAGUGAUAUAUUCUGGCGGGGCGAAGAAGGGUCAGGCGGUCGGCGAGGGCCAGGGCGGGCAGCUCCGGCUCAUGCUCCCCUCCUCAGCGCGCCCACGGGGUCCAGGCGGCUAGAGGGCAUCUCGGUAGAGGAGGCGAUGGUGACCCGGACGCAGCUGCUGGAGGAAGAGCUGAGCAGCCUAAAGGAGGAGCUGGCCCUGUGUCAGGCUGAUAAAGAAUUUGUGUGGUCUUUGUGGAAACGACUCCAGGCAACAAACCCAGAUCUCACACAAGUGGUCAGUUUAGUUGUGGAAAGAGAAAAACAGAAAUCUGAAGCUAAGGACCGAAAAGUUUUAGAAAUUCUGCAAGUCAAGGAUGCUAAAAUACAAGAAUUGGAGCAGGGUCAGUCAUUAUUAAAACAAGAAAUAAAUGACCUUGUAAAACGGAAGAUUGCAGUAGAUGAAGAAAAUGCAUUGUUAAGGAAAGAAUUCAGUGACUUGCAAAAGAAGCUUAAAGAUAAAAGUCAAGAAGUUAAGAACACUAAGGAGUGUGUACAGAAUAAAGAAGAGCAAAACAGACUCGUUAUAAAAAAACUGGAGGAAGAAAAUGAGAAAUUAAGUACCCGCUGUAACGACCUGCUAAAUGACCUGGAGAAACUGAGGAAGCAGGAAUCACAUUGGAGAAAAGAAAAAUGUAGCAUUGAUGCAAAAAUAAAGGCCUUUGAAGAUAAUUUGAUUGAAGCCAGGAAAGAAAUUGAAGAGUCACAGAGUAAAUACAAUGCUCUAUCAUUACAGUUGAAUAAUAAACAGACUGAACUUAUCCAAAAGGAUAUGGAUAUUACCCUGGUCAGGAAGGAAUUGCAGGAGCUGCAGAAUCUUUACAAACAGAACAGUGCACAUACAGCCCAGCAAGCAGAGCUGAUCCAACAGCUUCAGGUUCUCAAUAUGGACACACAAAAAGUACUGAAAAAUCAGGAAGAUGUUCAUACAGCUGAAAGUAUAUCAUAUCAAAAACUUUACAAUGAGUUGCAUAUUUGUUUUGAAACUACAAAAUCAAAUGAAGCUAUGCUUCGGCAAAGUGUUAUUAACCUUCAAGAUCAACUAUUUCAAAAAGAACAAGAAAAUGCUAAAUUAAAAGAAAAGCUUCAGGAAUCACAAGGAACACACUAUCCUUUAUCUCAGGAAAGUGUUUCAGACCAUUCAGCACAGUUAUCUCAACAACCAUCUUUAUCAAGUUUAGAAACAUUAAUGGUCUCACAGAAGUCUGAAAUUGAAUAUUUACAGGAGAAACUGAAAAUAGCAAAUGAAAAACUGUCACAGAACAGAACCACCAACAUGAGUUUUUCCGAGAAGAGCGUUAUGACAAGUGCUGAAAGAAAACAUAAGGAACCACCUGUGAAACGCUCAAGGUCUUUGUCCCCAAAGAGCUCUUUCACAGACUCAGAGGAACUAAGGAAGCUGAGAAAAGCUGAGAGGAAGAUUGAAAACUUAGAAAAGGCACUACAACUAAAGAGCCAAGAAAAUGAUGAGCUUAGAGAUGCCCAUGAAAGACGCAAGGAAAGGCUACAGAUGUUACAGACCAACUACAGAGCACUAAAAGAGCAAUUAAAACAGUGGGAAGAAGGCAGUGGCAUGACUGAAAUAAGAAAAAUGAAGAGAGUAGAUCCCCAACAACUUCGACAAGAAGAUUCUGAUGCUGUAUGGAAUGAACUGGCAUAUUUCAAAAGGGAGAACCAAGAGCUAAUGAUUGAAAAGAUGAAUCUUCAAGAAGAAGUAGAUGAACUUAAAGUACAUAUAUCCAUUGAUAAGACAACCAUACAAGAAUUGAAUAGAUGUAUAGUAGAGAAAAGAGAAGAACAACUCUUUAGAUACGAUGAAGAUGAUGGGGUCAAGAAGAGUACUCCAGAGAAGAAUGGGAAAGAAAUGUUGGAGCAGACAUUACAGAAGGUCAUUGAGUUGGAAAAUCGGCUAAAAUCUUUUGAGAAAAGAUCAAGAAAAUUAAAAGUAAUGAAUAAAAAAUUAAUGAAAGAAAAUGAUUUCCUGAAUUCCCUCUUAAAAGAGCAGCAAGAAGAUGCAGAGACCAGAGAAAAAGAGCUAGAACAGCUACGAAAGGGAAGUAAAAGUGUAGAAAAAGACAGAACUGAACUUCAAGUAAAAAUCAAUGAGCUGGAAGGAGAAGUCACUUCCCUAAGGAGACAGGUGGCAGAAACAAAUGCAUUGAGAAACGAAAAUGAAGAGCUGGUGAAGCCAGUGGAGAAACCACUCCAUUCAGCAGACAAAGCCAAAUCUGAGAUGGCUAUCACGGAAGUGAAACCUGGACAGUAUGAUUGUAAAACAACUACUACCAAGGUUAAAUUCAAAGCUGCCAAGAGAAAGUGCUCUGUGGGUAGUCACCACACUGUUCUCAAUCACUCCAUCAAGGUUAUGAGUAAUGUGUUUGAGAACCUCAGCAAGGACGGCUGGGAGGAUGUGAGUGAAAGCAGCAGUGAUUCUGAAACUCAGACCUCUCAAAAUUUGGGAACAAUUAUUAUAGAAACAUCCCAGAAAGUAAGUCCGAUAGAAGAUGGAAGAGAGCAGAAAGAAAGUGACCAAACAGGAGACAGUCUAACUCAAGGAAAAGAAAUAGUACAAACAUAUUCAAAUACAGAUGGCAAGACCCCAAAGGAUUAUUUUCAUUAUAAGAAUACCAAAAAAAAAAUAUUUCAAAAGAAGAAUGGUAAUAUGCAAAAGAGUUCACACACUACGGUUCCAGCCAAAGUCAGCAGAGAGAAGUACAAAAAUAUAACUGCCCAGAAAUCAUGCAGUAAUAUCAUUUUAUUGCGAGAACGGAUUGUAUCCUUGCAACAACAAAACAGUGUACUUCAGAAUGCCAAAAAAAUUGCAGAGCUUUCUAUUAAAGAAUAUAAAGAAGUCAAUGAAAAACUCCUCCAUCAACAACAAGUAUCUGAUCAACGAUUUCAGAUAAGCAGACAGACAAUAAAGAAGCUAAAUUUAGAUUUGGCUGGGCUUCGGAAAGAAAAAGAAGAUUUAUUAAAGAAAUUGGAGUCCUCAUCUGAAGUUACAAGUUUAGCAGAGGAAGUUUCCCGGGUAACAGUUCCACGGAUACAAGUAACAACACUUGGUCCUUCAAAGAGCAUGGAUUUGGAGAUGAAGCAACUGCAGUGUAAACUAAAGAAUGCAACCAAUGAACUCACCAAACAAUCAUCAAAUGUGAAAUCCCUGAAAUUUGAACUUCUGGCAAAAGAAGAACACAUAAAAGAAAUGCAUGAAAAGAUGUCUCGAAUGGAGAGGGAUUUAACUAUGAAAAGACAUUUGAUAGAGGACUUGAAAUUUCGACAGAAAGUAAAUUUGGAAAGUAAUGAGAGUUUUAAUGAAAUGUUGGAAAAUCUUGAGAAAAAGGUAAAGACAUUAACUGAAGAAUGUUCCAACAAGAAGGUAACAAUUGAUUCACUAAAGCAGAGACUUAAUGUUGCUGUAAAGGAGAAGUCACAGUAUGAACAGAUGUAUCAGAAAACUAAAGAGGAGUUAGAAAAAAAGGAUCUCAAGCUUACACUCCUAGUAUCGAAAAUAAAUGAAACUGAGUCUGCGAUGGCAGAAAUUGAAACAGCAGCAUCUAAGCAGCUUCAAGGAUUAGCUUUGCAAAGUGAGCAGGUCCUUGAAGUUACACAAAAGAAAUUACUGUUAGCCAAUGAGAAAGUGGAAGAGUUCACCAUAUUUGUGAAGGCUUUGGUCAAAGAGUUACAAAAUGAUGUUCAUGUGAUAAGGCGACGAAUCAGGGAGCUUAAAAAAAUGCAGAAAAACAGGAACACUUGUAAAACCUCUACCCAUAAAGCCCAGACCUUGGCAGCUUCUAUUCUGAAUAUUUCGCGGUCAGAUCUAGAAGAAAUAUUAGACACAGAAGAUGAAGUGGAAAUUGAAAAGAUAAAGAUAGAUGCUGAAAAUGACAAAGAAUGGCUGUUGUAUAUUCAGAAACUUCUGGAAGGACAGCUUCCUUUUGCAUCAUAUUUACUAGAAGCAGUGCUGGAGAAAAUAAAUGAAAGAAAGAAACUAGUCGAAGGAUAUUUUACAAUUAUGAAGGAUAUUAGAUGACAUUACAAUGGAGAGCGCUUUUUUUUUUCCGGAAGUGAAAACUUUUUAUGUGGUGUGAUUAGAAAGCAUGCGUUGCACUCGUGAUACAGUAUCUGCUUCAUCUGUCAAUAGUCAUGUUCAAUACCAAAAUAAGAAGUCUCUAAAACUAAUUAAGCAAGUGAAACUAAUUAAGAGCAUAGCCAUUUAAAAAGAAGUAGUGUUGCAUUUGAUUGUUGAAUACAAAUAUUGCCACAAAUCAAUGCAAACUUAAAAAUGAUUUUCCUUCCAGUGCAUUAGAAGAAACUAGAGCAAGCUUGGCACAUACAAACUGGUCUGAGUAAAAAAAGAAAAAGUAUAAAGUAAGGAUUUAAUGUUUCAAGUUUUACAAAGAAACUAGGCUUUCAACAUAAAACUGCUAUAAACAGUCUUAAGUGAUCCAGUGAGCAACACGUUUAAAUUGUAAGCAGAUAUGAAGUGAAGCAUCACAUCUUAGGAUGAGCAUUUAAUGAAAUAAAUUGUGCGCUCCACUUGUAUCUGUUUUCAUUGAUAUACUGGAUUAUAUACGUGAUAUUGUAUUUUUCUAGAACCAUUUGGCAAAAAUAAAAACCUUUUCUCCCUCUC